CAAUAAAGGUUACAAUCAAGACCUUGAUUUUGUACUACUAUCCAGUAGCAGCAGCAGCCUCAAGAGUGGUUGCACAAAGCAUGACAGAGGCUUGUGGAAUCUCCAAUCCCGCUGAUUGGAAGUGACAAAAUCCCUCAUUUCGGUUCGGAGAUGUGACCUAUUUUAAUGCAAGGUUGGCGUUCGCGAAAUACCACCCUGCCUUGCUCAAAAGGGACAUGGGAUCCGGGUGCGCCUUCCGUCCGCAUCAAGUGGUCAGUCCGAAGAUUUCUGCCGGUGCAGUUAGCGAUGCGGCGACAUGAGGGAGAUACACACACGGAGACUCCCGCUUGCAGCCAGCUCGGAGCUGCAGCCUGCCAGCACAACGUUCCAUGGCUGGUCACGCGCGUGCCCGGCGCCUCGCGUCACGUGCCAGACACCGUGCGCGCGCCCCCGCGGCUGCUGCUGCUGUUCCAGUGGUGGAGCGGAGCCAGACAGAGAUAGACAGGCAGGUCCGUAUACACAGCUCACUCUCCCUGCAAAAUCCCCGUUUCCUGAGGCACAGCUCUUUAACGGGAAGCCGCGUUUCCCGGGUUCACCCGACACACAAGCAGCUGAAAACAUCAAAACCCAGCAUAACACUGCAUGUCGGAUGAGUGGAAGUUAUCGCCUGCAUUUUGUGGACACAGAGAAGAGGCUUCUCAGAAGAAAUGAGCAGAAUUGUUUUCCAGCAGCAUUGUGUUAUAACAAGAAUCUAUCACCAUAGGAUCACGGGAGGAUGUGUCACUGCUUGUAUUCACGGAGACCAUUCAUCAAGUUGCUGUGAACAAGGCCACUGAAAAUUGUUGGACAUCAGUAAACUACCAUCUUCAACUCCACUACAAACUCCGCUCACUGGUGACACCAUCCAUCUCUCUGGCUGAAUCUGCUUCUCACAAUCUCUCCAUCCCGUGCUGGGCGCUUACACCUUCAUCGCCUUUUGUACUGAUACCUGCUGGGUCUGGAUUGGAAUAUGCCAUCUGAGAUGUGCCUCAGCAUUAAAGAGAUGCUGACAGGUCACAGGCUCUGCCAAUCGAAGUCUCAUAAGGAUGCCGUUUUAGCAGCUCUGAACCAGCAAAGGAAUGAUGGGAUACUAUGCGAUGUCAUUCUGGUUGCUGAGGAACAAAAAUUCCAUGCCCACAAAGCCGUGCUGGCAGCAUGCAGUGAUUAUUUCCGAGCCAUGUUUAGCCUAUGCAUGGUGGAGAGUGUGGCUGAGGAGGUGAGCCUACAUGGAGUGACCAGUCUGGGUCUGAAACAAGCUCUGGAGUUUGCAUACACAGGCCAGAUCUCACUGGAACCUGGCGUAGUUCAAGAUGUGCUUGCAGCAGGAAGUCACCUUCAGUUACUGGAGCUGCUGAAACUGUGUUCCCACUAUCUAAUCCAGGAACUGACUAGUUUCAAUUACCUGGAUUUAUACAAACUUGCUGACCUAUUUAAUCUUACCCUGCUGGAGGAAGCAGUGGUUAAUUUCCUGGUGAAACACCUGUCUGAACUGCUGAAGAACCACCCUGAGAAGGUCAUGGCACUCCCUUACCAGCUCCUGCGAGACGUUCUGAAGAGUGACCGUCUGACAUCACUAAGUGAGGAGCAAAUAUGGCAGCUGGCAGUCAGGUGGUUGGAAAAUGGCUGUCGGUAUCAGUAUAUGGAUGAACUCUUACAGUAUGUACGCUUCGGUUUGAUGGAUGUUGACACACUUCAUGCCGUAGCCCUAUCUCAUCCUCUGGUUCAGGCCAGUGAAACUGUCACAGCUUUCAUAACUGAAUCCUUGGAUUACCACCAGAGCAUCUAUGCACAGCCCAUAUGGCAAACCAUCAGGACACGACCUCGCUUUCAGUCAGAAACACUUUACAUUGUAGGUGGUAAGAAACGGGAGAUUUGCAAAGUGAAAGACCUGCGUUACUUUAAUCCGGUGAACCAGGAGAAUGUUCACAUAGCAAGGGUUUCAAACUGGAGUGAGCUGUCUCCAAUGCCAGUGGGAAGAAGUCAUCAUUGUGUGGCUGUCAUGGGAGACUUCCUUUUUGUAGCAGGCGGAGAGGUAGAGCACGCAACAGGUCGCACCUGUGCAGUGAGGACUGCAUGCCGUUUUGAUCCUCGCAGUAACACUUGGACAGAGAUAGCUCCCAUGAAAAACUGCCGUGAGCAUUUUGUACUUGGAGCUUUGGAUGAAUAUCUGUACGCAGUGGGUGGAAGGAAUGAACUACGACAGGUUUUGCCUACUGUCGAGAGAUACUGUACGAAGAAGAACAAGUGGUCUUUUGUACAAUCCUUUGAUAGAUCGCUGUCCUGCCAUGCAGGUUGUAUGGCUGAUGGGCUCCUUUGGAUAUCAGGUGGAGUGACCAACACUGCUCAGUACCAGAACAGACUUAUGGUGUAUGAUCCAAGUCAGAAUAAAUGGAUCAGCCGCAGUCCAAUGUUACAGAGGCGGGUAUAUCAUGUUAUGGCAGCUGUCAAGAGAAAACUUUAUGUUCUUGGAGGAAAUGAUUUGGACUACAACAAUGAUCGGAUUUUAGUUCGUCAAAUUGACUGUUACAACAUAGACACUGACCAGUGGGUACGUUGCCAUUUCAAUCUACUCACAGGCCAAAAUGAAUCUGGUGUAGCUGUGCACAAUGGAAGAAUUUAUCUUGUUGGUGGAUACUCCAUCUGGACCAAUGAGCCAUUAGCAUGUAUCCAGGUACUGGAUGUCAGUACAGAAGGCAAGGAAGAAAUGUUUUAUGGUCCAACACUACCAUUUGCUUCCAAUGGAAUAGCAGGAUGCUUUCUCCCUGCCCCUUACUUUACUUGCCCUAAUCUUCAGACACUUCAAGUGCCUCACCACAGGAUAGGUGCUGUGUGAGAGCAUCAAACUUAUAGGAUCUAUGUGUAAUGUGAAUGGAAGUGGUUACAGGUGACAACUACAGUGGUUUUGAUAUUUUCACCAUUUUCCAUGUGUAGUCCAAAACCUAAAUCCAAUUGCAUAUAUUUAGUCAAGAUUACACACAGGAAGCCUGCAUUUUCAUCAAUCUAUUAUAAAUAAUUUAAGUUCUCCUUGAGAUUGGCUAUUCAAUAUAUAUAAAGUACUGUGACAACUGCUGCCUACAGAAAACAAGUCAUGUAAAAUUGGGACUGAUAGUUUUUGUUAUUGAUUGUAUGGAUCAAAAGUGGUUGGUAGCACUGCGCAUUUUGUGGGUGAAUCAUGUCAGGUGCCAUAUUUGUGAGGGUAUUGGUGUGUGCACAAUGUACACCCAGCAGAGAUGUGCAGGGCAGGUAGCAUACAACAGUGUUUUAACAUCAAACAUACCAUUUUGGAGCUCAGCAUUCCAGCUAAUGCCCUGUCUAAAUCUCACAAAUUGAGCUCUCUUUCAGCAGAUGCAAGAUAUCAUUGACUGUUUAUGGGCUAGUUGUCGGUUGAGUUAUGAAUUCUACAAAUGCUUGGUACUUUUUAUAGUUGUUUAAAGUUCCAAGGUUUAGAAGGAGGAAUGUUGCUAACUUCAAAGUUUUUAUAUGAACCAGUUGCUACUAGACACGGAUGCACUAAUAGACAUUUUCCUUGGAAUAUAACAUGACUGUAAGAAUGAACAGAGGUCAAAAGCAGAGCAUGAGAAGCUGUAGGACGCAAGUAGGAGAUGAGGAAAGGGCCUCAGCAGGAGGUCUGCCCAGGGACUCUGUAAGCAGUUCUCUUUCCUUCACCCCUCUCGGGAGGAAAUUGCAUGCUGAUUUCCUUUGAUUAUAGUACUCGUCACUGAAAUCUGCGACAACCCAAAAUCUGAGAGUAGGAAAAAUAUAUCAUUGUCAAUGGCAAUAGCUGGAGCUGGAGAUAUUUGCAGCAUCUUGCAGUUUGCCAUCCACUGUUGAGUAAGAGGAGCAACAGAUACCCUCUCGCCAAUCGCUCUUGUCAAAGAGAAGCAGCUGAAGUGAACACAUGCUUUGUUAGGAUUCCAGGCUUUUCACUGGUGCAUGGCUUUUGAGCAUCAUGUCUCAUUAUUGGUACCGAAAGAGAUUCUAGUCCCUCAACAUCUUGAGGGGCAGUAAAUCAAGCAAGUAAAUGUGGUGGUGUCCUGGCAGUAAUGC